UACUCAUUAUCUCCAACACACUAAACCACACUUGAUUGAAAGAAUGGCAGUGACUAAGGUAGCAUUGGUUGCUGCAGUGAUGGCUUGCAUGCUGAUAGCAAGCUCUCACGGUGAAGCAACCCUAACAUGUGAGCAGGUCACAGUUUGGCUGACUCCAUGCAUAAGCUACGCAGUGCUUGGAGGGAAUGUUUCAUCCUUGUGCUGCCAAGGUGUCCACUCUCUUAACGCAGCCUAUAAGAAUGGAGAUGAUCGAAGAACUGCAUGCCAGUGCGUUAAGGAUAGGGCAGCUUACAUCCUUGGGAUUGACUAUGACCGUGUUAACCAAAUUGGUCACAAGUGUGGCUCUAAUUGCCCCUUUAAAGUUUACCCCUCCACUGAUUGUUCUAAGGUGAAAUAAGCAGCAAAGGGUACAAUAGAUGCCACUAGAUCUGGACUAAGGAAAGAUCAUUCUACUAAAGAAAUAUUAUAGCCUUGUUAGGAAAUAAAGUGUACGGAUCGUGUGUGACGACGAUCCAAUCUAUUUCUUGAACAACUAUACAUAUCAUCAAUAAAAAUAUCGAUCCCUCUAUUUAAUUAUUA